AUGUCCACACGCACUCUACAGUAUGGUGGCAGGGGCGCUGCCUUGAAGCCAAGCGGCUUGGUGCUGAACAAGAAGGACCUCCGUAGCGUGCACGAGGUGACUUUGGCGAACUACGCCGCAGAGUACAUCUACCUCCGUGAAAACGAGUUGACCGAGUUCGACACGGAAGUCACCAUGGAGAACCUCAAGGUGUUGGAUCUGUCCAUUAACGAGAUCUGUGGGACGGUGGAUUUCCUGAGCAAGACCCCAUUUCUGCGCCACCUCUACAUGACAGGGAAUAGGGUGGAGUCGCUGCACGGCAUUGCAAACUUUACCCCUCUUGAGACACUGUGCCUCAGCGAAAACGCUAUCAACAGCUUUGAGGGCUUGGAACGACUCCCAAACCUGCGGGUGCUUUCCCUCAAUUUUAAUAAUAUUUCCUCAUUCGAGCAUUACCCCAAUCUUCCCUCACUGCACACCCUUAAUCUUGUUGGGAACCCAGUGACAGCAAUUCCCUCUUACCGCAGUAUGGCCAUUGCCAUCAACAACCCCAAUCUUGUCACCAUCGACGGUAAUUCUGUUUCAGGGGAAGAGCGGGCUGCACUGGAGCAUUAUCAAGGCAAGGUUGCUUACUGUAUCUGCGAGGGCUUUAUUGUUGAGGGCGACAAUGUGGAGGAAGCUGCAGAUGCUUUUCUUCUUAAGCUUCAGCGUGCGAGGGAAAAGUCAAGGCACUUGCAGCUAUGCUCCAUUCGUCUCACAUCGGAGGACGAAACUCGUAAUGUUCUCACAGAGGGCAUUCCGGUACGACUCACCUGCUGUCUGCAAGACAUUCGUCCAUAUGAGCAGAGGGAGACGGAUAUGUUCUCCUCGCGUGAAUUGAUUCCCGCCACAUUCCGGAUUUCUGGUGAGGCUACAGAAGUCUUUGUGGUUGGCUCCAUGAACAACUGGACAGAUCCUAUUGAACUAGAGCGUGGUGGAGAUGAGGGCGAAACGUAUUUCCACACCACUCUCUACCUGCCUGUUGGGGAGUACGAAUACCGCUACAUCGUGGAUGGUGUUGAGAUUGACCCCGAGGCGAAUGGAGUGAUGUCGACGUACAAGCAAGGCUUUUGCUACAUUUACAAAGUCCCUGAAGUUGAACACACGGACGAUGAUAAGGACACCGUUCUGCACAUUCGCUGGAUGAAGAGCACGCAAGGUAGCCGUUACGAGACCAUUGAGGAUAACAACACACUGACAUAUAUGCCGACUGUCGCUGAUGUGGGUUGCUGUCUGCGCGCUGAGGUGCUUGCGUACGUUGACGGUAUAUUCUCCUUCUUGUACUUCGACAUUUCCACCCCUAUCAUUGCUGGUCCACCAACGUGCUCCCAGCUUGAAGUUAAGGGUAAGGCUGUGGAGGGCCACGUGUUGGUGGCGGAGGCCGACUACGUUGGUGGCGUUGAGGGUAAUUCUCACCUCAGCUGGUUCCGCAUUACGCCUGAUGGCGGAGAAAUUCCUAUUGAUAUCAACGAUCCAUGGGCUGGUUACAAGCUGACAAGCGAUGAUGUUGAUUGUCGCAUCAAGGUGGAGUUCACUCCCGUGCGGGAUGACUGGGUGGCGGGUGAACCCAAAUCUGUUCUUACAGCACCCGUCAUGGCUGGCGCUCCUGAGUGUGAGUCCAUAAAGAUCAUUGGUGACCUUAUUGAGGGGAGCGAAUUGGGGGUGGAGAUUGUGUACUCUGGUGGCGUGGAGGGAGAAAGCUACUAUCAAUGGCUCCGCAAGGAUGACAGCUCUGAGGAGUACACCCCUAUUGAAGGGGAGAAUACUACGCGGUAUGUUCCGACGCUCGAAGACGUGGGUAGGUGCUUGGCAGUAGAGUACACCCCUGUCAACAAGCAAGGUGAGGAGGGCGAGACAUGCCGCUGUGUGCUGGAGACACCCAUUGAGCCAGCAGCGCCGGAAAUUCACAACCUCAAAAUUAUGGGCGAGUUAACGGAGCAGCACGUGCUCACGGUCGAAUUUGACUACACAGGCGGACACUUUGGACCACACAUGAUUCAGUGGUUCCGCCGAGAUCACUCCAAGCGUCUAACAAAGACCGGCCGCCUCAACAGCGCAACACUUGCACUCACCAAGCGUGAGGUCGACUGCACGAUUGAGGUCUCGGUGACACCUGUGCGCCUUGAUGGUGUACAGGGGCGAACUGUGACCGCAUGUUCAGAUGGUGUUGUUUCUGCCGGUAUUCCGCAAACCAACUUCUUGAACGUGGUGGGUGAUCCUUUGGUUGGGAACACUUUGGAACUGGAAGUGGAAUACUUUGGCGGUGAACCUGGCGAGCCGAUCAUUGAGUGGGAGCGUGAGGUGCCAGGUACAGAGAACUUUGAAGUGAUCGAGACGGGUGUGCGCAAUUACACGGUUCAGAAAGAGGAUCAGGGAAGAUUGAUCCGUGUGACGUACACACCAGUACGCAUGGACGGCACUCCCGGAGAAGCGAAGAGCCGCAUCGUGCAGGUGCCACGUGACGCAUAUGACAAGGAUGAGGAAAAGGAAAUGGAGAUGGACCUGCAUGAGGUUUUGGAGGAGCCUGUAUUAACACGUCACGUGGAUCCGAAUGCCUCAACGGCGCCUCAUGAGCUGGAGAUUGAGGAAGAAAUGGAGACCUCCCCAGCGGAGAGAGAGGAGGCAGUGGAGCACGUGGGGGAGCACAAGGAGACCCCAAAGGAACAUAAGGAAACACUGGAGGAGUAUGAGGAAGCACCAGAGGAAAAAGCUAAGGAUGCAGUCGCUGCCGACUGA